AUGAUGGUCUGGCGUGUCCUCAAAGCUGCUCUCUUCAUCAGCUUCAUGGCUCCUCAUUCUCCGGUUCCAGCCAUUGAACCUAAUUGUGAACCAUUUUUGGAUACAAUGCAGUCCAUUGAGUUUGACUCACUGGAAAAAGUGGAGCUCCUUCAAAAAAUGUGUCACGAAAUGAACGGAUGUUAUGAAGAAUUAUUGGGAGUAAUGAUUGUUGCGGUGCAUUGGACCAACUGGUUAACUGGACCAGUUUUAAGUAUUGGAUUUGAUGAUCGUUUCUAA